UCCUUGAAAAAGUCACUGCCACCCAGCCAGCUACCCCCUAACCAUCAUGUCCCGCCAGUCUUAUGGGAUAAGCAUUUCAGGAGGGAGCAAGGGAUUCAGCUCCAGCUCAGCUUGCUUUGGAGGCGGACAGAGGAUGAACUUCAACAGCGUUUCCACCACCCGUGGAUGUUCUGUUCGUGGGGGAAGCGGAGGCGGUGGUGCUUUUGGCAGCAGAAGCCUGUAUAAUCUUAAUCAAGGGGGCAACAAGAGAAUCUCCUUCAGUGGACUUGGUGGCAGUGGCUUUGGUGGAGGGUUUGGUGGUUGCGGCCAAGGAGGUGGAAGCUUUGGAGUUAGUGGUGGCUUUGGUGGUGCUUUCGGAGGUAGUGGUGGCUUUGGUGGUGCAUUUCCAGUUUGCCCACCUGGAGGCAUUAAGGAGGUGACUAUCAACCAGAAUCUCCUGCAGCCCCUCCAUUUGGAGAUAGAUCCAGAGAUCCAGAAAGUGAGGGUCGAAGAGAGAGAGCAGAUCAAGACCCUCAACAACAAAUUUGCCUCCUUCAUUGACAAGGUUCGCUUUCUAGAGCAACAAAAUAAAGUAUUGGAGACCAAGUGGAAACUCUUGCAAGAACAGGGCCAUGGUUGUGGUGGUGGUCAAAAGAAUCUUGAUCACUUUUUUGAAGUUUAUAUCAACAAUCUAAGGAGGCAGCUGGAUGGUCUUCAGACCGAUAGGCGAGGACUUGAUUCAGAACUGAAAAACUUCCAAGAUCUUGUGGAGGAUUUCAAGAAUAAAUAUGAAGAAGAAAUUAACAAGCGCACUGCAGCAGAGAAUGAUUUUGUGCUCUUGAAAAAGGAUGUAGAUGCUGCUUACAUGAACAAAGUAGAACUGCAGGCAAAACUGGAUGCCUUAACAGAUGAAAUGAAUUUCCUAAGGUGUCUGUAUGAAGCUGAACUGAACCAGAUUCAGCAAACUGUUUCUGACACCUCUGUUGUCCUUCAAAUGGACAACAACCGGAACUUGGACUUGAAUAGCAUCAUUGCUGAGGUCAAAGCUCAAUAUGAGGACAUUGCCCAGAAGAGUCGGGCAGAAGCAGAGUCUUGGUAUCAAUGUAAGUAUGAAGAGCUUCAGGUCUCAGCUGGGAAACAUGGUGACAAUCUACGAGAUACUAAGGCUGAGAUCUCUGAGCUGAGCCGGAUGAUUCAGAGGAUACGAGCUGAAAUAGAAAAUGUGAAGAAGCAGUGUGAGAAGCUGCAGGCUUCUAUUGCAGAAGCCGAGGAACGUGGUGAACUGGCACUCAAGGAUGCCAGGGACAAGCUCUCUGAAUUAGAGGAUGCUUUGCAGAAGGCCAAGGAAGAAAUGGCCCGUCUCUUGAAGGAGUACCAGGAGCUGAUGAACGUCAAGUUGGCACUUGAUAUUGAAAUUGCUACCUACAGGAAACUGCUGGAAGGAGAGGAGAGCAGGAUGUCUGGAGAGUGCCAAAGUGCUGUGAGCGUCUCUGUGAUAGGUUCUAGCACGACUACUCCUGGCGGAGGAUACGGUGCUGGAUUCGGAGGAGGAUUAUGCUAUGCAGGAGGAUCUGGCGGCUUUGGUGGCUUCAGUUCUGGAAGCGGGAGAGGUGUAUGCAGCAUAGGUGGUGGAGGCGUUUGCUCUGCAGGAGGAGGGUAUGGAGGAGGAUAUGUUUCCAGCUCUGGAGGUGCCAUUGUGAAAAAAACUACCACCUCCUCCUCCUCCUCCUCUUCCACCUUCAUGAGUGCAGGCAGGAAAUAGCGAGUAACAGACACCAAGACAUCAUUCUUCUGAUGAUCUCCACCAGGCAUACCCAACCCAACCUUGGCAUCUUUCAGAGAAAAGAACUUUGUCUCUUAC